AAAUAUACAUGGAUGAUAAUGGAGUAAAACGGUUCAGUGGUUGGAAUGGUAUAUUGGCUUGAACGAAUUAUUUUGAAAACUAUUUACAACUUUUUAACCAUUAUUUUUGACAUAGUUAUUGAAAUUGCAAGGUGAAAGAAAAAUGUACAAUACCACGAAAUAUGUUGAAAGUAAUCGGAUGGAGAGCUUGGACGAAUUGAACGACCGUUAUGCGAGAACAUUACUUCCGCUUACAGUUAUAUUUGGCUUCUUUGCCAUCUUCGGAUUCCUUGGAAACAUUUUAAUUCUAGUCGUGUUUUCUUUGAGUCGGGAUUACAAGCGGAAUAAUUUCAAAGUGUUCGUCCUGACCCUAGCUGUGAUAGAUCUGGUGAUAUGUGUAACUUUGAUACCUGCUGAGAUGGUGAAACAGAGGAAAUACUUUGAGUUUGGGUACGUGGUAACGUGCAAAGUGAAGUGCUUUUUCAACGUGUUUGGAGCAUCUUCCUCGUGUCUUGCCCUCUUGGUCAUCUCAAUAGAUAGGUUUAGAAAGGUGGUGCAGCCAUUCAAGAAACAAAUGUCACCAGCCAUUGCAGUAAGAAUUUUGAUAGCUGUUGCGUGUGUAUUUCCUAUACUUUUAGCUAUACCCGGAACUAUUAUGUGUGGAAUAAAAACAACAAAUAUGACAAACAUACAUGGAGGAAACACCACCAUACAUCUAUGUGAAACGGAGGAAAAGUAUGAGAAAUCCAUAUGGAGAACAGUCUAUAAAUUUACAUUCAUUUUUUUACUGGUCGGAAUUUCAGUGACGUAUAUAGUGUUGUAUAUAUUUGUGAUGAAAGAAGCAGCGAAACAAAUGAAAGCUAUAUCUAUGCAACGCAAGCAUUCGUCCUAUGACACGGUGUUUACCUCUGGAAUUUAUAAUCAAAAUACAAUUGUUCAUGAAACACCGAUAAUACACCGAAAGCAAAUAGAAACGCAUGAAAAUGGAACAAAUGGCAUGCCGAUAUCCAAUCAUGUUGAGGACGAUUCGCAAUCAUAUGGCACGCUACAGAACGGGGCUUCGAAACGUAGCAAGAACAACAAGCAGACCAGCAGAAUAAAUGAUCGACAAAAAAAAACCAGACAUUUCCCUACAAAAACCAUUAUUUGGUUUAUAUUGACCAUUGUGUUCAUUGUUACGUAUAUUACGCACAAUUUACUGACUCUGAAAGUUGAAAAGAUUGUCAAUAUGUCACCAAGUGAGUUUACGCUGUUUUCGUUUUUCUUUCGUAUAUAUUUCUUAAAUCAUGUUAUUAAUCCAAUCGUGUAUGCUAUAUUCGUCAAACGAUUCAGAAGUUCUUGCAGAAAUGUAUUUCCUCUUAUAUUAUCUAAACUUAGACAAUAUUUUGAAAGAUAAUACAGCGAACUCGCAAUAAACAUGGUAUUAAACGGAUAGAAGUCCGAUACAUCUUUGCAAUAUUUAGAUUUCUUCUAUGAGAGCAUUGACGUCGAGUGAAACUUUAUAUUUUCUAUACUUGCCAAACGAUUUAGAUGCCCUUUCAGAAAUGUGCUUUUUUAUAAUAUGUUAGCCAAUGUAAGACAGUAUUGUGCAAGAUAACUGAGUACUUAAUGGAAAUGUUUCAGCAUUAU